CGCUUAUCGUCGAGCUAAUGCUCCACGGAUGCACGGUCUAUGUAGAUGUCGAGACAGGUAAUAUGGAGAGGAGAAGAAUAGAAUAGUAUAAUAAAAUUAUGUGGCAAGGUUACAGAAAACAGCAGAAAUGAUGGCGAAGAAGAGAAGCGAGAGGAAUCAAGCCUCGUUGCGGAUUUUUUGGCCUCGAUCGUUCAGAGCCCCUCCAGCAGGGCUACCGCCUGGGUUUUGUACGUACAAAACGAGGCAAGCCCGCUUGCUCUGGGCGGUGUUUUUUUACCCUGCUUCAAGCCCUUGGAGCGAAAGGCUUGGGGCGGCCAAUCAGCGGCGCGCGUUUCGCCUUGCAAGGCUGUGUUUCCGCGCAGUCCGCCCUGAUGACUCAGCUGCAGCUGCGGCUCGCUGUAGAAUCAUAGCCCUGUUGUGCUUUUUAUUGCAAAUGCCGGGUAGCUCAGGUGGCCGCCUCUAGUCAGCGGGAGGAGUCAUCCGGCAAACGACGCUGAAGAAAUUAAAAUCAAGCAAAUAGGGGACUUGUUUC